AUGUCCUCCUUUUCCUAUUAUUCUCUUCCCGGCUUUGGGGAGAAGUGUCGUGUGGAAUUCGGUUUCUCUGAUGCCUGCAUUAUCGGUGACCGAAUGAUUGUUACUGGUCAAACCGGAAUGGACCCAGACACCCUCCAGACACCCCCCGGCAUUGAAGAACAAGUUGUGCAGGCAUUCGAAAACAUCAAAAACCUCAUUAUACGCACUAUCGAGCAUGCAGGCCAUCCUGCUCACCAAAGUGGCAAGUCAGGCUGGGGACAUGUGGUAAAACUCCAUGCAUAUUUCGUUGGGCUGUCGGCCAUCCGCGAUCAGGCCAGGGAUACUAUGGUACGUGCCAUUAAACAGUGGUGUCCAGAUCAUCAGCCGCUCUUCACCAUGGUUGGCAUUGAGAGUUUGCCAUUUCCCGAGCAUCGUGUGGAGCUGGAAGUGGAUGUAUGGCUAAAGUGA